GGAAAACUUCACACUAACCUCACAUUUCCCUUUCUUCCUUUCCUCCUCUCCAUCACAUCCCACAUCUCAUCAACCUUGUUGUUGCAAUUCAAUAGCUCUACUGUCCUUCUCGUUCUGCCUUUCGUUUUACAUCAGAUAGACUUGGAGAGGCGUUUUGUGUCUCUCUUUAUCUGUCUAGGACAUUCGGAAAGGCCGUCUUCAAUCGACACCAACAAACCUCGAACCACUCUCUACAGCCUCAUUCCCACUCUAUUCAAAUCCAUCCAAAUCCAUCACUUGGAACCCUCGCCCCAACCAUACAGUUCGAAUAGACCCAACCACAACCCAUCUUGUACGCUGCUCUCUCUCCCUAUCCUCUCCCAAGCGGUUCCCAACGCGAACAACUUGAGUUCCUCCUCGCCUCUCUGUUUCCGCCACCAGAAAUUUCUAGAGAUUUCUGCCGUUUGCAAAAGCAUUCACUCCCAAGUCUGAGAUCGACAUCAUCACUAACAUAUUUCUCCCCUCAGACUUUUAGUCGUUUCAAGAUCCACCAGAACCAAUUUCUUCAAUAUGGCUGAUUCUUUGAACAUGAACGGUCUCUCGAUCAACGAGCAACCCCAUCAUGGCGGACCUCAUCACGGCGGACGCGGAGGUCGUGCCUACAUUCCUCCUCACCUUCGUGGCUCUUCCAACCGCGGCCCACCCCCUCCAAUUAACCAGUUCGAUGGAGCUGACCCUACUCCUGCUGGUGCUGCUGCUCAAGGUCUGAAUGGCAGUGCCUGGGCCAACAAUGGUGCUGCCACCAAUGGCACUUGGGCAAGUGCACCUGACUUCAAACCCGGUCCCGGCGGCCCCGGCGGUCCUCCUCAGAGCAACGGCUGGGCUGGCCAGGGUGGUCCUCGUUCUUUCAAUCCCAACGCCUACGGCGCACCUGGCGGCGGCUCAUACGGUGGUGGUGGCGGUGGUAACUACGGCGCCAAUCGUGGCUCUGGAGAAGGUCGCUGGCAAGAUGGUCAACACAUCCCUGGCCCAUCGAACGCAAAGAUCGAGCGUGAAUUGUUUGGAAUCCCCAAUGAUCCCACCAAGCAACAGACCGGUAUCAAUUUCGCCAACUACGACGACAUCCCAGUCGAAGCCUCCGGCCAAAAUGUUCCCGAGCCCGUCACUACCUUCACCAACCCUCCUCUCGAUGACCACUUGAUCAGCAACAUCAAACUUGCCCACUACACCACCCCUACCCCUGUGCAGAAAUACUCCAUUCCCAUCGUCAUGGGUGGCAGAGAUCUUAUGGCUUGUGCUCAGACUGGUUCUGGCAAGACUGGCGGUUUCUUGUUCCCCAUCCUUUCACAGGCUUACCAAACUGGCCCGUCGGUAAAUCCUGCGUCCAGUGGUGGCUUCCGUCAACGCAAGGCUUUCCCAACCUCUUUGAUCUUGGCUCCAACUCGUGAGUUGGUCUCUCAGAUCUACGAUGAAGCACGAAAGUUUGCCUAUCGAUCCUGGGUCAGACCUUGUGUCGUGUACGGUGGUGCCGACAUUGGAACCCAACUUCGAUCCAUCGAGCGCGGCUGUGACCUCCUCGUUGCGACUCCCGGUCGUCUUGUCGAUCUCAUAGAGCGAGGUCGCAUUUCCUUGGCCAACAUCAAGUACCUGGUUCUCGACGAGGCUGAUCGCAUGCUUGACAUGGGUUUCGAACCUCAGAUCCGUCGUAUCGUCGAGGGCGAGGACAUGCCCAGCGUCGAAAACCGCCAAACCCUUAUGUUUUCUGCAACAUUCCCCCGAGACAUUCAAAUGUUGGCACGUGAUUUCUUGAAGGACUACGUGUUCUUGUCGGUGGGCCGUGUUGGUUCAACAUCCGAGAACAUCACUCAAAAGGUGGAGUAUGUCGAGGACAACGAUAAGCGUUCCGUUCUGCUCGACAUUCUCCAUACCCAUGCCGGCAACCUCACCCUGAUCUUCGUCGAGACUAAACGCAUGGCCGACACCUUGUCCGAUUUCCUUAUCAACCAAGGUUUCCCAGCGACUGCUAUCCACGGCGAUCGUACUCAGCGUGAGCGUGAGAGAGCAUUGGAAUUUUUCCGCAAUGGUCGAUGCCCAAUCAUGGUGGCCACAGCUGUUGCAGCCCGAGGCUUGGACAUACCCAUGGUGACGCACGUGAUCAACUACGAUCUCCCUACCGACAUUGACGACUAUGUUCACCGUAUUGGUCGUACUGGACGUGCAGGCAACACUGGUCUUUCGACUGCGUUCUUCAACCGCGGCAACCGUGGCAUCGUCCGUGACCUGAUUGAACUUCUUAAGGAAGCCCACCAGGAAGUCCCCUCAUUUUUGGAGAACAUCGCCCGCGAAAGCUCAGGAUUUGGUGGUGGACGUGGUGGACGUGGACGUGGAGGUGCUGGUCGCGGAUCUGCUGCUACUCGUGACGUCCGUCGUGGCCCCGGAGGCGGUAUGGGCGGCGGAUACGGCAGCAGCGGUGGCGGCUUUGGCGGUUCCUCUGGAGGCUACGGAGGCGGCAGCUACGGCGGCAGCGGUGGUUACGGCGGUGGCUACGGCGGUGGCUAUGGUGGUGGUGGUGGCGGCAGCUAUGGCAACCCCGGCGGUGCUAGCGGCCCAUCUUCCUGGUGGUAAACCGGUCGAAAAGGUCGACUGUGAAUUCACUUUCCACCCAGCACUGUUUUUGUUUUUUCUUUUCGACAAAUUCGCCACUUCGAGAACAUUUGAUUGUCGAAGACUGCCGACGUGUCGUCGAAGAGUGAGGAUUGGUCUCACCACACUGACCACAACUCAUGACCCAACGAUGCAACGAGCAUUAUGUUUCGACCAUAAUACAGGCACAGCAUGAACACAUGAUAGAUAGCGUUGGCUUUUCCGAUCGAUUUUCAGAUACCCCCACAUGUCGAACUUUCCUCAUGCAAAUCGAGCAUGAUGUUAUGCCAUGAAUGACCAACUCAUCAACAUUGGCGUCGGUUUGCAACGAAAGAGAGUCUUUUCGAGGCCAAGAAGCACCGAAAUGAAAAGGGGUCUUUGGUUGAAAGAGGAGGCACAGGACGGAUAUGAUCCAUUAGGAGAAAACAGGAUGAGGAUCCUGAGCCUCUUUGACCAUUCAACGAGACAACCCUUUCAACAGACACAAAAGUUUUGCAUGCAGUUGGCUCUCUUUCGAACCACGGGAUAUGACGAUCAAAAUAGACUACAUUCGACAUGAAUCAAUGGAAACGAAACGAGCUUUGAUGGGAGGCCGGGCGAGGAAAAAUGGGACAGAGAUCUGAUGUGCAAAGCGUAAUUCUCCAGGGUCACGACAGGACCGAAAAGUGGGAGAGAAAGAGACGAUUACGACAGCAGAUCUGCAUAUCCCGGUGUUUUCUUGGUCCCAAAAGCACGGCAUCACAAGGAGCUUGUUUCUCGACUGUUUCGAGAACAUCGGAACAUUAGCCGUUCAGAGGAAAGGUCCUCGCUGGCUGGAUUAGAUCAGGCUUCAAGCAAACAAGUAUUGAUUAACACAAAUGAUUAACAAAAAGAUUUUUCUAUUGUA